GUCAAAUUAUUCGCUGUCAUUGUUGCAAAAAUGUAAACACCGAACAGGUAAAUAUUAUUUACAUGUAAAUGAAACCUAAAACUCAGUAUAAACGGAGUACACAGUACACAAGCACGUUGGAGGUUUUAAAGUUGAUAAUAACAAUAAUAAAAAACAGUUGAAAAUUUAUCACUUGAUUUAUUUAUUUAAAAAUAAAUCUAAAAAAUGGAUUGCUCCGACUUAACAUCUCCCCAUUUGUUAUCUGACUGUAAAUUACGCGAGAUACUGAAAGAUAAAUGUAUUGUAAUAAAAGACAUUGGAUCUAUGGACAAACUAAAACUACUCGAGGUUUUUAAGCGGAUUGCUUUGCCGAUGCCGCAACGAAAAUACAACGACCAGAGAUCCUUGGGUAAAAAAUUGUGCGAACUAAGAGUGACUAAAAACAUAAAAAUUUCUGAUAUUGAACAGUCAAGAGAGACACUUGAUAAAUCAUUUGAGAGUGUCAAAACAAAUUAUUCAAACACGAGUGAUAAAAAUGGUAUUUUAAAAUCACCUAUUAAUAAAUUAAAAUGUGAACAGAAUAAUAUAAGGCUGUCUAAUGAUAUUCAUCAAGUUUCAAAUGAUCAGAAAAGAAAGAGUAAUACGUCUUCCGAUCAUUCUCCACCAAAACGCCAGAAAAUUUUAUGGCCAUAAAAAUUUUGAGCUUAAUGAUUGUAAAAUGUUUGUCUUCAUCAAUUUAUUUUAGUUUUAAUGCUUCAUUCAUAAUAUCGCAAUAAGUUAAAUAAUUUUUUAACUAGUAUUAAGCAUACUUAAAUCGCUUCUAUAGAAUUUAAUUAAAU